AUGGAUUUCGAUUCAGUUCGUUUAACGAAGAAGGAUUUGGAUUCAGCUUGUUUAACAAAGAAGAAUCUCGUGAAUGUAAUCGAAGCUUUACAAGCAAAUGCUUACUGGUUCCAUGAAUUUAGUUACAAUUUUGAAUUAGAUUCAGCUGGAUAUAUGAUAACAUUCAGUGUAACUAGACGAAUGGUAGCCGGAGCACAGGUGGCGUUGGUAAUUGGAACUAUAGGCUCUAUUAUGCUGACAAGUUAUUUGACUCCAUUAGUUAUUUCAAAUGUAAAGGAUCUUUUGGAAUUCGCUCUCAAAAUGUUGGGAACUGAUGCUGUCCAGAAAUUGUUGCCAAUAUUAUUCACCUAA